AUGGAUUCCAGUCAGCAAUCCACCGAAUUAGUUUCCUUUACUUCCAUCGGGGCCCUAAAGCAGGCCGCCGCCACCAUAGAGCCGAGACGAGCAACCCAGGUAUCCACCCCUGACUUGUUCCACGGAGAUCGUAGCAAGCAUCGAGCUUUUGUCGCACAAGCUGAUCUUUACUACGCCUUCAAUGGACACCUCUUCUUGACACAAAUGCAAAGGAUCUUGUGGUUGAUCUUGUUCUUCCGAGGAACUACGUUUAAUUGGAUCGAACCUUUCUUCAAUGAUUUAAUGAUUAAGACAACCGACGACCAACUCAAUGAAAACAUGAAACCUGAGACACACGGCCUCUUCAAUACUUACGAAUCAUUCAGACAAGGAUUCAAUAGAGCUUUCGAGGAAGUUGACCCCGAUCAUAUGGCUGAGAGAACAUUACGACAACUUAAGCAGACAGGAUCCCAGUUCUAUAAGGGACUCAAGGAUAUCAUCAAGGGCGAGCUAGCUAGAGCUCCGAAACCGCCAAACCUUUCCGAGUUAAUCGAGAUCUCUAUCCUAAUUGACAAUCGUUUUUAUGAACAACGAAUGGAGAAAAAGGGAAUCACUCAAGAGAGUAGAAAGUUUCCAAAACAUCAGCGCCAGAACAGAUACGAUGAUACCAGCGAUCCAAUGGAAUUGGACGGAGCUGAACGCCACCAAAAACCAAAUGGACUUAGCGUUGAAGAGAAAAAGAGACGCAGGGAAAACAACCUAUGCUUCACCUAUGGGAAAAGCGGACAUAUGUUUAGGGAUUGUUCCCAGAAAAAGCCUUUCGCCGCGAAGGGCAAGAAACAAGUAAGAUUUGGAACCAAGAAACUGGGAUCCCGAGAAGCGGGUGCCCUAGAGGGUAGCUUCCGAGAGAUUGGACAAUUAAUCAUAGAAGUCAACCUGGAGAAUCAGGAAGUCAAGGCCCUGAUCGAUUCAGGAGCUAUGGGAAUAUUUAUAGAUCCCGACUUUGCCAAAGAAAAUGGGAUCCCCAUCGAGCCAAAAGAGCACCCCUAUCAGCUGAUACUGUUGGGAGGCAAGAAGAUCGGAGUAGAUGGUUGGGUACAUAGACAAACUAGCGCCAUCAAAAUGAUCAUGCUAGGAGGGUACACCGAGCAAGUCAAAAUGGACUUAGUACCGUUGGGCAGACAUGCAAUUGUCUUAGGAACCCCUUGGAUUAAGAGGCAUAAUCCAAACAUUGAUUGGAUUUUUGAGAAGGCUGGAUACUAUGCUAUAACAGCCACGGAUCCUCCACUGGUCGACAAGACCAAUGCAAAAGAGAUUCUAGUGCAGUAUAGAAAGUUCGCCAAGCUGUUCGAAGACCUGCAGGAUUUGAGAGCCCUGCCAGAACAUAAACCUUGGGAUUAUGAGAUCAAUUUCAAAGAGGGAUUUGAAAUCCAAGUCCCCUUACGCAGCCAAUGUAUUGUUAGCGUUCAAGAAGGGAGACCUGAAUGGUCGACCUUGCGGGGACUAUCGUCGAGUAAACGAUGGGAUUAUUAG